UAGCACAGACUGCACAGAACAGCUGCAGCCUAGGUUCGCACAGAAUUUCACAGCAUUGUAAGAAGUAGACAUAUUAUUUUAUCCCAUAACCUAUAGAAUAACGUUCACACUAACCAAAUAUUAAAAUGGUUGAUCGCGAGCAGCUGGUGCAGAAAGCCAGGCUGGCUGAACAGGCUGAAAGAUAUGAUGACAUGGCAGCUGCCAUGAAAUCGGUAACAGAGCUGAAUGAGGCCCUAUCUAACGAGGAGAGGAACCUCCUGUCUGUGGCCUAUAAGAAUGUGGUGGGGGCCCGCCGUUCCUCUUGGAGGGUGAUCUCUAGCAUCGAGCAGAAGACCUCUGCAGAUGGAAAUGAGAAAAAGAUUGAAAUGGUUCGGGCCUACAGGGAGAAGAUUGAGAAGGAGCUGGAGGCUGUGUGUCAGGACGUGCUCAACCUUCUGGAUAACUACCUGAUCAAGAACUGCAACGAGACGCAGCACGAGAGCAAGGUGUUUUACCUGAAGAUGAAGGGCGACUACUACCGCUACCUGGCUGAGGUGGCCACGGGUGAGAAGAGGGCCACCGUCAUCGAGUCAUCAGAGAAAGCUUACAACGAGGCCCAUGAGAUCAGCAAAGAGCACAUGCAGCCCACCCACCCCAUCCGCCUCGGCUUGGCUCUCAACUACUCUGUGUUUUACUACGAGAUCCAGAAUGCCCCUGAGCAGGCCUGUCAUCUGGCCAAGACCGCCUUCGAUGACGCUAUUGCUGAGCUGGACACCCUGAACGAGGACUCCUACAAAGACUCAACUCUCAUCAUGCAGCUGCUCCGAGACAACUUAACACUGUGGACAAGUGACCAGCAGGAUGAUGAGGGAGGGGAGGGUAACAAAGAUUAAUAAACCACACUUAGAAAAAAUAUAUAAAUAUAUAAUGAAAGGCCAGUGGGCUUUGGUAGCCGCUUUUGCUGAUGAUCGUACCGCAGCAGCAGUUCUUUAUUUUUCCAUGUGUUAAAAGAAAAGAAUCAAAAGAAAGGUGAGAGGGGAGGUUACAUCUUAGUUUAAUAUAUAUAUAAAUAUAUAUGAAUGGUUGAAAGGGCUGCCAUCUUCUUGAUUUUCUCUUUGACGUUUGCCAAAACCACUGAAAUGUCAGUCAAUCCGCCUGAAGUGGUCGUUGUUGGAUUGGUUUGGCAGCCUCACACUGGCAUAAGGACUGGUGUCGUUGUACCAAGGGAAGCAGCUUAGUUAGGUUUAUGCAUGAUAGAGAUGCAGACACUUGAGGAAGGGAAAAAAAAACACUUGAGUGAGAGUGCCUCACAAAAAUAGCUUGCAAUGGUUCCAGUACUAGUUUAACCUCAUAUUCAUUAUCUCCAGCACCAAACCAGUGUCCACAUAUGUGAAACAGCACGUUUCUAUGAUCUGUGGUCCUACAAAAGGUCCUACAAAAUGCUUCUCUGUGACAUCACGAGUUCUAGCCAUUAUGAUAUAUAAUAUCACUCACUCUUGAAGGGAGUGCACGAAAGCUAAAAGUAUUAAUCUGACCAAAUCAACUAGAAAAAGUGCAAUGCAGAUGUUUUGUAAAGGUUAGAUGUUUAUUGUAAAGUUAAUGCCAAUCAUGCCAAUGAUGGCAAUGAGAAAAUACUGUUAUCAAUUUCCUCUUUCACAUGACUUCUAGUUUUAGGUAAAUUUGGCAUUAAAUCCAAUGUGACUGUCCUCUGACUGCUCUAAAUAUGAUACUGGAACCAUAGCUUAACCUCCAAUAGAGUCUAUCUAAAGGCAGAGACAUGAUCUUAAAGCAGCUGCAGAGUUUGUGGUUUACUUCUGUGUUUGUUUUAUUAAAUGCACUUGCCUACUAUACUGUUUCUUCAGUGUAAGAUGAUUACUACAAUAAUAUCGAUUAUUCAGUAUUGUGCAUGCUGGUGAUGUAUUGAAACAUACAGUAGCUUGACUUUAUUAACUUAUACUGUGGGUGUUAAGUAUUCAUAUGAUUGAGAAAACAUAGGCUUUGUCUGAUUAUUUCUUAUUUAUAACUUAUUCUUAUUUUGUUUAUAUUUGCUAUACCAAAAUGGUGAUCGUAAAAAUGUAUAUGUUAUGAGCAUUGCUAUAGUGGCAUGCAAUAUGUGUAUUUCAUUUGUUAAUGGAAGAAAAAAAGUGGGGAAAAACACACCAGUGAUUGCCUAACCUUACCAACUGGUGUUUGUAACGGUAAAUUAUAAUAAUGGCUUUGUCACAUUAAAUUAUAAUAAUGGCAUUGUAAAACAAAUACUUUGUUCUUUGAACUAUAUUUGAGUAUUUAUUUUGUCAUGUUAUUAACCAGUUUGAACAAUGGUGAAGUUUUCAGAAUCUGUGUUUCUGUUAUGAAUUCACAACAUGGACCACAAUUUAUUUCUGACAGUAUACAUUUUUUGUUUGUUUUUAUACCUUUUAGCUGUUCCUGAGUGACAAAUAUCUUGAAUGUGAGUCAUUAUGUAGCAGUUGCACAAGAAAUGAGAACUAUGAUAAUAAAAAAAGAAUAUGACAAAAU